GUGAACGUCACUGGUUGUGCUGGGGAGUAUAGGCUCUGUUGUCUGGCCAGUGUCAGUCUGAUGAAGAUUGGCAUUCAGACACUUUCAGGUGGAUGAGAGGAAGAGAUAAGGUGGAGAAGACAAAGGCCAUUAAAAUCUUCUGUUCUGAUGAUGAACUAACCAGUCUCAAUGUGAAGCUAUCCCAUGAUGCAACAUGUGUCCCCAGCACCUGCACUGACUAUGAUGGCCACUCAGAGUGUCCCUCCACCAUCAUACCAGGAGAGUCAACAGAUGACAGGCACCACUCAGUCCAGCUCCAAGGCCCAGGCGGUCCAUAUCCCAGCAGCCCCGGCACCGGGGGCCGCCCCGGUCAGUGUGACCCUCGACCCCCAGGCCCAGCUGGAGUCAGACAAGCAAGCUGUUUACAGACACCCCCUGUUCCCGCUGCUGGCCCUGCUGUUUGAGAAGUGCGAGCAGGCCACGCAGGGGUCAGAGUGCAUCACCUCUGCCAGUUUCGACGUUGACAUCGAGAACUUCGUCCACCAACAAGAGCAGGACCACAAGCCUUUUUUCAGCGAGGACCCCGAGCUGGACAACCUGAUGGUGAAGGCCAUCCAGGUGCUGCGGAUUCACCUGCUGGAGCUGGAGAAGGUCAACGAGCUCUGCAAAGACUUCUGCAACCGCUACAUCACCUGCCUUAAGACCAAGAUGCACAGCGACAACCUGCUGAGGAACGACCUGGGUGGCCCCUACUCCCCCUCGCACACCUCCCUCAGCUUGCAACAGGACAUGAUGCAAACCUCCUCUCCUUCAAUGACGACAGUCUCCAGCUCUGUCAACCCCGCGGGCAUCACGGUCCCCGCCAGCACCCUGCACCAAGGGAGUGUUGCCAUGACCACCAUCAACUCACAAGUGGUACCAGGCGGAACCUUGUAUCAGCCUGUUACCAUGGUGACCUCUCAGGGGCAGGUUCUAACCCAGGCGUUACCCCAGGGAACCAUUCAGAUCCAAAAUGCACAGGUAAACCUGGACCUGUCUUCCCUUCUGGAGGGCGACGAUAAGAAGUCGAAAAACAAGAGGGGGGUCCUCCCAAAACAGGCCACCAACAUCAUGCGCUCCUGGCUCUUCCAGCACCUCAUGCACCCAUACCCCACAGAGGAUGAGAAGAGACAGAUUGCUGCACAAACAAACCUCACCUUGCUACAGGUCAACAACUGGUUCAUUAAUGCUCGCAGGCGGAUCCUCCAGCCCAUGCUGGACGCCAGUAACCCGGACCCCGCGCCCAAGGCCAAGAAGAUGAAGUCCCAGCACCGCCCCACGCAGCGCUUCUGGCCGGACUCCAUUGCAAGCGGCGUCCUUCAGACGCAUGGAGAGCAUCCCACCAGCAACUCAGAUGGCUCGUUGGCGGGGGACAGCUUGCAGCCGCUGUCCUCGGACUCGGCCACCCUGGCCAUGCAGCAGGCCAUGCUCGGGGGGGCCGACGACUCGCUGGACGGGACGGAAGAGGAGGAGGAGGAAGAGGAGGAGGAAGAAGAGGAGGAGGAAGAGGAAGAGAUGGAGGCAGAGGACAGAGAGGGAGAGGGAGUGGGAGAGAGGCAGCUGAGAAACCCGGGCAUGAGAGUCAUGGGCAGGGAACACAGAGAAGGAGUGUAGGGAUGGAGAGAAAAAA